GUGCAGGAUAUAAACAUCACAACAGAACAGAUCUGAUCGCCUGUGAAGUGUAUUAUGUCAGCAGACAUUUAGAGUCAUUUUGCGUUUGUGUAACAAUCCCAACUAUAUCAGCAAUAGCAUUUGCGCGGUGUAUCUGUGCAGAUCGCUCAUCAAGUCCUGAGGAAUGGGUUUGUUAUCGGAAGGUUCGCCUUUGACUUGGGAAGAGACGAAGCGACACGCUGAGCAUGUUCGUAAGCAUGGCAUCAAGCAGUUUAUCACUCAGUACAAGAAAUUAAAAGGACGAACCCGUGAUGUUCUUUACUGGGGAGACGAGGUUGAGUACAUGUUGGUGAAGUUUGACCACAGCAAGAAGAAGACCCAGUUGUCUCUCAAAGCUCAGGAUGUCCUUCAGGCCCUGGUCCAGAGGCAGACUAAGGACUACCCAGCAACUUGGCACCCUGAGUAUGCCGACUACAUGGUAGAGGGCACUCCAGGCAAACCAUAUGGCUGUCUCAUGGCUCACUUCAACCUGGUGGAAAGAAGCAUGAAACUGAGACGGGAGGAGAUCCAAUCGCUGCUUGAGCCAGAUGAGGAAGCCAUGUCCAUCACAGUCUUUCCCAGACUUGGGUGUCCCAAUUUCACUGUGCCAACAUAUGAGCCCACGCCAACAUCUGGGGCUUCACGAUCUCUCUUCUUCCCUGACGAAGCCAUCAACAGUGGUCAUCCACGCUUUAAAACUUUAACAAGGAAUAUAAGGGAACGUCGUGGAGAGAAAGUAACCAUCAAUGUACCAGUGUAUAAGGACGUCAACACGGAAGAUCCAUUUAUAGAAGACUUUUCUGUCCUGGGAGACGAUGGCGAGGCUCAGAGAGCGGCCAAACCAGACAACAUAUACAUGGACUGUAUGGGCUUCGGCAUGGGCAACUCAUGUCUUCAAGUGACCUUCCAGGCUUGCAACAUCGACGAGGCUCGACUACUGUAUGAUCAGCUGACUACACUGUGUCCCAUGCUGUUGGCUCUGAGUGCUGCUUCACCCAUUUUCCGGGGCCAUCUUGCAGACAUUGAGGCACGGUGGACUGUCAUCGCCCAGGGCGUGGAUGAUCGUACCAGGGAGGAGCUUGGCCUUGAACCUUUGAAAGAAAACAAGUUCUGUAUCAACAAGUCUCGCUAUGACUCGAUUGACAGCUACCUGUCGCCAGGAAGUGCCUGUUACAAUGACAUCGACAUGGUGUACGACAAGGAUCUCUACCAACAGCUUCGCGAUGGAGGUGUUGAUGAACUGUUGUCACGCCAUCUUGCCCACCUGUUUAUACGAGACCCAAUCUCCCUGUUCAGUGAAAAGAUUGACCAGAAUGACGACGAGGACACUGACCAUUUUGAGAACAUCCAAUCCACCAACUGGCAGACCAUGAGGUUCAAGCCGCCCCCACCCAACUCAGACAUAGGAUGGAGGGUGGAGUUCAGACCCAUGGAGGUCCAGCUGACAGACUUUGAGAAUGCAGCCUAUGUAGUGUUCAUCGUGCUCCUCACUCGAGUCAUCCUCACAUUCAAACUCAACUUCCUCAUCCCCAUCUCAAAGGUUGAUGAAAACAUGAAGACUGCCUCCAAGAGGGAUGCAGUGAGACAGGGCCGGUUCUACUUCAGGAAAGAUGUUGUCACAGAUUGCUCCCCACCGGAGGCUGCAGAGUGCAUGGUGAACUGUGAGAAGGCUCCCUGUAAAUGUAUUGCCGAUGAAUACACGUUGAUGAGCAUUGAUGAAAUCAUCAAUGGCAAGGGAGAUUUUGUUGGCUUGUUGUCCUUGAUGAACAAGUACAUGGACAGUGUGGAGACCGAUGUGGACACUCGCUGUACUGUCCUCCAGUAUCUGCAGCUCAUCUCCAAAAGAGCCUCAGGUGAGUUGAUGACAACGGCACGAUGGGUUCGUGAGUUGGUCAACAACCAUCCAGAUUACAAACAUGACUCCGUCGUGUCCGACAGCAUUGCCUAUGACAUUCUGUCCAAAUGUGCUGCCUUUUCACGAGAAAGUACCGAUGUGCCAGAACUUUUAUUUUCCUAUUCAACUAAAUCUGCUGAUACCAUUCCAUUGGCUGUGUCCAAGGCACAGCAGUACUACCAGGAGAAGAGUAAGAAGAAGUAGAAACAGGAAGUUAAGAAGUAUUUCCCCUUUUGGUUUCAAGCGAUGGUGCUAUGGUUUGGCCACAUUAGCAUACAACGGUUCAAUCAGGAAGCCUGCUUUUAUAGAUAUAUGAAAACAGUUUCAGUUCAUCAAUUGUUGCAUUGCUCAUGAUGGACUUUCAAAUCAAAAUAAAAAAUAUUUGUAACUGAUGAAGAUAUGUUUAUGUAAACAUGUAGGAUAUUAAUUUUAGAUGGCAUUAUAGUUAGAUUAUUUACAAUCAUUAAAUUAAUAUGAGUUUGAAAUUAAUGCAAAUGAUGUCAUUUUCCUAUGUUGACAUUAUUAAAGUGGGCCACUAUUGGUGGUAUGAAGGAGUUAAAUGAACCACCUUGAUGCCAUGGUAUACAUAGCAACAGACCCAGUGGGUGGAUGUUGUCCGGCAGUAAUUGCAGUGUUUCUCACCUGGUGUGACCAGUUGUAGCUGUUCAUCAAGUGGCUACAACAGAUGCAAUUCUUGUAUGGUGGCAUCUUGGUUUUGAGAAACCUUGUCAAAUAAUCUCACAGUUGCAAAAUGGUGCUCAGCCACAAAGUGAAAAUGUCCAGGAACAGCCAUUGUGGUGAAUAUCUAACACUAUUAGGCC